AAUACACAAUUUCCAUGGUUUUUCCUUCUCUCUCUUACCCUCAUUUAUCUCACUCACCCCACUUUCAUGUCCUCUAUAUAUAUGCAUAUUCAGAAACCCCACACUUAUUCUAUUCCCACUACUUCCAAUUCCAACUACCUCUUGUUCAUUCUCAUCAUUCAUCAUUCUUCUUUCUCUCAUUUGCCAAAGCCAUGAACAAGUUUAAGAAAUCUCAAGUUCUAGUGCUCUUUGUUCUAGUAGUUCUUCUUCUCAUCACACCCUCUUUACCUUCCUCUCUGAGGCUAACCUACUUGUAUUUCAUCACAAACUUCCUCAUCAUGGCACUUUGUGCUGAAGCUGGUCUCCUUUCAGUUUUUGCAAGCCCUUCAGAAGAUAGAAGGCAAUCUUCUUCUGUUACAUCUGAAGCCACUUCUGAGAAAAGAGAAGCUUCCAAUUCCACCCCUUCGGUUGCUAGUGCUGUCUCAGAACAUGUUGAAAAGUCUGCAUCUGAGAGGGGUGUUUGUGUCACCAAAGUGGACAAGGUGCAAAAUUGUCCUUCAGUGCCUACUAGCCUUUUCUUCAUAGGGGGUGGAGAAGCUGGUGAAGAAGUCAUGGAUGAAGAGCUUGAAGCAGAAGAUGAAAUUGGAGGAGUUAAUGGCCAAGAACUCUUUGCAAAAGCUGAGGCAUUCAUUGGGAACUUCUACAAGCAACUCAAGAUGCAAAGUGAGGAAUCUUGGAUUUAUCAGAAAGCCUUUUAGGAUGAAUGCAUUAGCUUUCUAUAGAAUAACAAUGGUUCUUAUGAGAAACCUUAUUAUUCUGAUCUAAUUUUUUCUUAAUUACUCUUCUCUAGUUUCAUGAACUUUAACUUUUAGUUUUCUUAAUUAAAAAUACUUUAUUUUAGUUCCUAUA